UUCUAUUCCAACUAGGUUGCUUCCAUACCUACCUAGAAUUGGUGGAACUUUCCUUCCUCAUCCGGUCUCUCUUAUCACUUACUGGAAUACACCUUUUUCACCAGCCGAACCGAGAAGGACUACUUCAAUCUCAUCGAUCCUCAUCUUCUCGACAUCUUCCACUAUCAAAUAUCAUCCGAACAUACGAAACGAAGCCCGACGACACCUGUGUACGAUAAUCCAACAUGUCUUACGUUGUCCCCGGACCCCCAACGCCUUUCAAUGGCACCAACGAGGAGCUCGGUGGUGAUUCCACCACCGAAAACCUCAACCAAUGGUACCAAUCUGGUGACCAGGCCUUCAUCCUCGUCUCGGCCUGUCUCGUCCUUCUCAUGGUUCCCGGUAUCGCCUUUCUCUACUCCGGUCUUGCUCGAAGAAAGUCUGCUCUCUCCAUGCUCUGGGUCGUCAUGAUGUCCUUUUCCGUUAUCGUCUUCCAGUGGUAUUUCUGGGGUUUCUCACUCGCCUUUUCCACAACUUCCAACAACCCUUUCAUCGGCGAUCUUAAGCACUUCGGUCUCAGGCACGUUUGGGGUGCCCCCUCGGUCGGAUCAGCUCUCAUCCCAGCUCUUCUAUACUCUUUCUACCAGAUGAUGUUCUGCGCCGUCACUGCUGCUCUUACCAUCGGUGCUGUUGCUGAGCGAGGCCGUGUUAUUCCUAGCAUGGUUUUCAUCUUCUUCUGGGCCACUCUCGUUUACUGCCCUCUCGCCUACUGGGUCUGGAACCCCAGUGGUUGGGGUUUCGUCAACGGCGUUCUCGACUAUGCCGGUGGUGUUCCCGUCGAGAUUGGCUCUGGUAUGUCCGCUCUCGCCUACUCUUGGGUUCUCGGCCGCCGUAACGAGAAGAUGAUGAUGAACUUCCGCCCUCACAACAUUUCGCUCAUCACCCUCGGUACCAUCUUCCUCUGGUUUGGCUGGCUUGGCUUCAACGGUGGUUCUGCCUUCGGCGCCAACCUCCGUGCUGUUAUGGCUUGCUGGAACUCUUGCCUCACUGCCAUGUUCGCUGCCAUGACCUGGUGUAUUCUCGAUUUCCGUCUGGCCCGCAAGUGGUCCAUGGUCGGUUGGUGCUCUGGUACUAUCUCUGGUCUUGUUGCUGCCACUCCUGCUUCUGGUUUUAUCGACCCCUGGGCCAGUAUUAUUCUCGGUGUUGUUGCUGGUGUCGCCUGUAACUUUGCCACCAAGGUCAAGUUCCUCAUCCGAAUUGAUGACUCUCUCGAUGUCUUCGCUGAGCACGGUGUUGGCGGUAUCGUUGGUCUCAUUUUCAACGCUUUCUUCGCUCGCGGUUCUAUCAUCGGACUCGACGGCGUCAACACUGGUGCCACAGGUGGAUUCAUGGACGGCAACUACGUUAUCAUUGGCUGGCAAAUCGCUGCCAUUGUUGGUGCUUCUUCUUACGCCUUUGUUAUGUCCGCCAUCAUUGCCAAGAUCAUUGACCUCAUCCCUGGUCUUAAGCUUCGUGCUUCUGAGGAGGCCGAACUCCUUGGUAUGGACGAUGACCAGCAUGGCGAGUUCUCCUACGAUUACGUCGAGGUUCGCCGAGACUUCCUUGCCUGGAGCCCUCAGCGUGGCGAGCCUGCUGAGGAUGGUGAUGUCCUUGAGCCCACUCAUGGUAUUCAUGAGCAUCAGUCCAUGAUGAACCCCAGCGAGUCAGACGACGCCCGCAAGACUCCUUCUCUCAACACACCUGAUGUUAUCGCGCCAGACGCCGUCAUCAACGAGAAGCAUGCUUAAAGUUGCAAUUUGUAGCCUUGUCCUUGCGAGCCAUGUUAGCCUUGUUUCUUUGAUAUAGAGGGUUCUAUUUGUCACGAGAGUAACUUCUCUCUUUUUUUGUUUUUGGUUAUAUUUUUUGGGAUACUGGGAGUAGCAGGCAGAGGCGUUACGGAUUGAUCUAGUCGUCGACGUAUAUAUAUGCCUUUAUUGUUUUGAAUACCCGACGGUAGAUGUGUAUGGCUUGGGAAAAGCGACACAGUUCAUUGGAUACGUACAUAUAAUCAUGCAAUCUGACAUUACAGAUAGUCACUGAAUCAGAUUAUUCCUUCAUAUUUUA